AUAAUUGAAAUUACAUCCACCCCCACAUUCAUUACGUUUUCCCUAUAACAGCCUCAAUACAAACUAUAAGGCCACAGCCACUGCUCUCUCAACUCCCAAACACAAUCUGAUCAUUAGUAUCAAACCUGCAGAGCUAAAAAACAUGGCUGCAGAGGUAGAAUCACUGGCCAGUUCAGUCCAAGAACUGUCUAUGAACCGAAGUGGACCUCCAUCAAGAUACAUCUUGAAAGAUGGUAUUGGAUUGAAUGUUGCAUCUUCCUUUCCAGUGCUGGAUAUUCCAGUCAUUGAUCUUGGUCUGCUUGCAUCCUCUUCACCAGAGGGUGAAGAACAACUCGAUCGGCUCCGGUCUGCUCUCGGCUAUUGCGGUUACUUUCAGACAAUAAAUCAUGGAAUUGAGAGUUCAUUUCUAGACCAAGUGCAUGAUCUUACCAGAGAAUUCUUUCAUCUUCCAAUGGAAGAGAAGAAGAAAUACUCCAGAGAAGCAAAUGACAUAGAUGGAUAUGGAAAUGAUGUAAUAUAUUCAGAGAAACAGACUCUUGAUUGGAAUGACCGUUUGUAUCUCAAUACUCUCCCCGAAAAUAUCAGAAAACUCAAAAAGUGGCCCAAAAAUCCCGAAAAGUUCAGUGAAAUGCUAUGUGAGUAUACUACAAAAUUACAAGGUAUAAAUGAGAUCAUCCUCAAGGCCAUAGCAAAGUCAUUGAACUUGGAAGAGAACUGUUUUGUGAAACAAUUUGGGAAAAAGCCAACAGCUUUGGCAAGAUUUAACUUGUACCCUCCAUGCCCAACCCCUCAUCUUGUUCUUGCUGCAAAAGCACAUGGAGAUGCCUCAGGGACUACUUAUCUUCUGCAAGACAGAGAAGUGGAAGGCCUUCAAUUCCUGAAAGAUGAUAAAUGGUAUAGAGCUCCCAUUAUUCCUGAUGCCAUUGUCUUCAAUGUUGGUGAUCAACUUGAGAUAAUGACCAAUGGCAUAUACAAGAGCCCAAUGCACAGGGUUGUGACAAACAAAGAGAGAGAAAGGAUCACUGCUGCUUUUUUCUUUGCUCCUGAUCCAACAAGUGUGGUUGAACCAGCAGAGGGUUUGAUUGAUGAGAAAAGGCCAAGGCUCUACAAGAAAGUUGUGGAUUACACUGCUAAUUGUUUUGAGUUAUUCCAGAAGGGGAAGAGGCCAAUUGAUGCUUUGAGAAUUUGAUGUUUUUUUCAAUGGUUUCACUUUCAUAUUAAGUGGUUAGUUGGCAAGAUAAGGCAGAGAUGGUUUGUGGAUUACACUGCUAAUUGUUUUGAGUUCUUCCAGCAGGGGAAGAGGCCUAUUGAUGCUUUGAGAAUUUAAUGUUUUUUUCAAUGGUUUCACUUUCAUAUCAAGUGGUUAGUUGGCAAGAUAAGGCAGAGAUGUUUG